AUGCUGGCCAAACUACCCAUGAAACCAAGUAGUUGUCGAGUAAAUGGCAUAGAGAAGGAGAACCAAACCUAUUUAGGAGAAGAGCUGGAAGCUUUAUGUUUCAGUGAUGCGGAAGCUUGUUCAUCGAGUCUUGAAGCUUCUGAACGUGUCUGGAAAAGGAGAGCGCAUAUGGCCAGCUUCCUUGCAACCCCUGCCUGUCCACUGGUGGCCCUGCCCACCACUACUAGGGCCAGCUUCACUGCUAUUCAGCAAAAGAGCUUCUCUGUUAAUGGAGGCUCUCUAUUUUUCGGUUCAAAACAUGUCCAGAAAAUCCAAUUCUCAAACGCAGCUAGCAUUUCCUCUGCCAGGCCUAGAUUCUUCAAGACCGCAAUUUCAUGCUCCGCUCUGCCUGAAACCCUGGAAACCGUCCAGAACACCAUUGCUAAGCAACUGUCUGUUGAUGUGAGCACAGUGACUCCUGAAAUCAAGUUUGCUGACUUGGGUGCUGACUCCCUUGACACGGUGGAGAUAAUGAUGGCUUUGGAAGAACAAUUUGGCGUGUCAAUUGGCGAAGGCGGAGCGGAGAACAUUACAACUGUUCAAGAUGCUGCAGAUCUCAUUGAGAAAGUGAAGGCAGCAGAAUGAAGGGCAUCACUUCCCGGAGUCAAGAUUAUGGAAUUUCCUUGACUUAAAG